AAAACACAGCAAAUCUUAUUAAGACCAGACAGUGAGAAGUGAGAACACACACUCUCGCACACACACUCUCUCUCUCUCUCACACAGACAGUGAGAGAAAGAAAGAAAGAAAAGAUUCUCUCCCACACACAACUCUCUUUCCCAUUUCAUCUUCUCCAAGAUUUCUCAUUUGUUCACUGCAAAGCUCGCCUCUUUAAUUUGCCUGACCUCGCCGGAAAACAAGACCCCCCCCCUGCAUUUUCGGGCAAACAACAUCCACGUUUACUUCAGCAUCCGGGCAGGCAAUAUAUAUCCCAUUGAUUCGAUGACACCUCAUAGCUUCCUUUGAUUAUUUCAAGCUUGAUAAUCCCAUUGUUUCUCCUAGUAUUCGGCCGGAUCCCACUUCAAGUGUACAUGCACAUUUACAUAAUUCAGAUGAAUAUUGAUAGCUUAUCAGUACAAUAAGAGACGACAGUGACAGCUGCAGCGGCUAGUAUAUAGUGAAGAGAUGUCGGUGUACGAUGCGGCGUUUGUGAACAGCGAGCUAUCUAAGCCAACCUCCAUAUUCGGCCUGCGGUUAUGGGUGGUAAUUGGGAUUUUUGUGGGAGCCGUGAUUGUUCUAAUCCUUUUCUUGUUGUCUCUUUGCAUCACCGCCUAUCGCCGCCGCACCAGCAGCACCGCUAAACUUCACCAUCCCGGAAAGUUUUCUGGUGCAGCCGAGCUGACCCCAGUUGUUUCCAAGGAAAUCCAAGAGAUCGUUCAUGAUUCCCACCCCGAUCACCGCCCCAUUGUCCCUCAGGCGUUGCCUGAGAUUCAGAUAGACAUGGGGAAGGUUGAGCACAGGGUGGUAUUUUCGGACAGGGGGGCAUCGAGUGGGGAGAGUAAGGCAACAAGUGGGGCGGAGACAGGGUCGUUCGGUGGUAGUGGGGCAUUGCCAGAGGUGUCCCAUCUGGGGUGGGGAAGGUGGUACACUUUGAGAGAGCUCGAGGCAGCUACCGAUAGGUUGUCUGAUGCGAAUGUGAUUGGAGAAGGUGGAUACGGGAUUGUGUAUCAAGGUAUUCUGGCUGAUAAUACCAGAGUUGCCGUGAAGAAUCUGUUGAAUAACAGGGGGCAAGCAGAGAGGGAGUUUAAGGUUGAGGUGGACGCUAUUGGGCGAGUGAGGCACAAGAAUCUUGUCAGGCUGCUGGGAUACUGUGUCGAAGGAGCUUAUCGAAUGCUUGUAUAUGAGUACGUGGACAAUGGGAAUUUGGAGCAGUGGCUCCAUGGAGAAGUAGGGGAAGUCAGUCCUUUGACUUGGGAUAUACGGAUGAAUAUAAUAUUGGGAACUGCAAAAGGUCUGGCAUAUUUGCAUGAUGGUCUUGAGCCAAAGGUUGUUCACCGUGACAUUAAAACAAGUAAUAUACUACUUGAUAGUCAGUGGAAUGCCAAGGUGUCAGAUUUUGGACUUGCAAAGCUGUUAAAUUCUGAAAGGACUUAUGUGACAACUCGUGUCAUGGGCACAUUUGGUUAUGUGGCACCAGAAUAUGCGUGCACUGGCAUGUUAAAUGAGAAAAGUGACGUUUAUAGCUUUGGAAUACUUAUCAUGGAGAUAAUUACUGGUAGAUCUCCAGUUGAUUAUAGCAGGCCACAGGGAGAGGUUAAUUUGGUGGAUUGGUUGAAGUCCAUGGUUGGAAAUCGAAAAUCUGAGGAAGUGGUGGAUCCUAAGUUGCCAGAAAUGCCUAGUUCAAAAGCACUUAAACGUGCUCUUCUGGUUGCCCUGAAAUGUGUUGAUCCUGAUGCCCAUAAGAGACCAAAAAUGGUGCACGUAAUCCACAUGCUGGAGGCAGAUGACCUGCUGUUUCGUGAUGAACGACGAAUUGGCAGAGAAUCUGCUGGUUCAAAUCGUGAGUACAAAGAAAAUAAUCUUGCUGGUUCCAAUCGUGAGUACAAAGAAAAUAAUCUUGCUGGAGCAAAACUAGUCAACCAACCAUACGGCAACGGUGCAUCUAAUAAUAGUGAAGGUGACAAUGGUACGAGCCAUGACUUGCCAUCUAGGUGGAGAUAAUAUUACGGAUGGGAGAUGUCAGUAAUAAUGUAGGUUUAUGCAAAUUUUGAUGCUUGCUAAUAAGCUUAUUGCUCUCAUUCCAUUAGUUUUGUAGGAUUUGUACUAGCUUCUUCUUUUUUUUGUGAUAUAAAAAUAUGAAAUCACCAUUGGAUUAUGCCUCAUAAGUUAUUGAAUCAGGUUUUAUUGUAUGCUAGAUUGGUUGACUGUUUUGUACUA